GCUUUACAAACACAACGCCGGCGUUUUCGGACAGAAAAUUCUCUCUCUCGCUCUCCAUGGACGCUUCAUACGACGUCGCAGUUCCGGCGAGUCUGCUGAUUCCGAUCGAUCUGUUCGGGUCAAAGAAGCACAAGAACCUUCCUCGCGGCGAAUUGGGGUUCGUCGAUUCCUCCGGUAAUCCCGUCUUUAGGGUUAUCCGUCAAUCCAAGUCGUCGUCAUUGUCAUCAUCGCCGCCUCGUCAUGACACGAAAUUACUUCUUGAUGCUGCGGGCGAUUCUGUCUUCUCCAUUGUUCGUGGUCGCAAUGGAUCGUGGCAAAUCUUCAAAGUUGAUCAUGGCGAAAAGAAAGAGUUGAUAUGCAACGUGCAGAGAACUCGAAAGUCCCUCACCAGAACAGAGCUGGAGGUACUUGUUAUUGGUGAAAGCUGCGGCGUUCUAGGUUCAUCCUUCAAGAUGAAAGGUUUUCCAUUCCAGAAGUCUUGCACGAUCUAUCAAGGUGAUUCCAUAGUUGCCCAGACUAGCCUUAUGCACAAGCUUCACCAGAUUUAUGUGAGAAGGGGAAAAUUUCGAGUGACAAUAUAUCCCGGCUCCGUUGAUCAUGCCUUCAUCGUCACGCUUGUGGUUAUCUUUCUUUCUAGCGGGAAGUAGCAUGCCGUUUCCUUUUUAUGCAAACUGUUAAUGAAAGAUGCUUCUUGCCGGUAUACAAGAUGCCGUGCAGCAGGACAAGUUCAAUUCUGUGCAGCUCCUUGGAUCGGCAAUGUCAUCGCCUUCAACAUUUGAUAAGUCAGAUCACAUGCCCAACAUGAAGUAUUUGCUUGUUGCUGAAUGAAUGGAUCAACUCAAGCACCACAAGAAAAUAGAGGAACCAACAAUAGCUCUCGUGCCGGUGAUUCGAAUAGUUGAAGCUAUCUUCAAGAUGCUGCUGUGAAUUUGCUUGCCAUGACACACUCUCCGUAAUUGCUGAUAAUUAACUUUGGAUGAUAAAUUGAGUCAUUCGACUAAAGUUGAUCCUUUGUUUAGCUUAAGGGAGUUGCAAACCGACUUUCCCGCCUCAUAUUUUUGUGUCCACAUUUUGUGGAAGCAAAUGCAUAUUGGAAAUCUGGAAUGUAGUUUGGUGGCAGUUCUUCUGUCAUAUAAGUUGCGCCUGUGCGUCGCCGAUCAAACUCUCUAAGAGAGACAGGACGUUGCUGGGUGCUCUAAGGAUUGGACUCCCUACAUCAUCCUAAAAGAAUCUUCAGCUCUCUAUCGAACGAGCGAAUGAGUCAUUUUUUUUUAAAACGAGAGAACGAUUUUUUUGACGUUGUCAUUA